CGUGAAACGUCGUGCCUCAAACCAAGCAAGCGACAGCAACAAAGCGCGCACCACACACAACCAAAACAAAAGCAGGCAUCAUGAGCACGGCGAAAGGUGCAGCGGACAAGAACACACAACAGGGCAUCCAUGCCACAGGCAAGCGGGUGCCCGAGUCAUACGAGCGGGUGUACACGUCAGUGUGCCCGCAGAAUGAAAACCGCAUCACGCGGCACACAUUCAUGCAGCUCUGCCGAUCAACCAUGAUUGGCAAGGAGGCUGCAGACGCCAUCUGGUCCAGCGUCGACCUCAACAAGACAGACGCCAUCGACAAAGAUGGUUUGUUUUGGGCCCUGGGGCUGAUUGGGAUGCAGCAGAGUGGGUUCUCCCCCGACAUGGCGACACUGCAGGAGGCGACCGAGCUACCGGCCAUCAAGAUUGACAAUCUGCACACGCUGCAGCAGACAGCCGAGCGUGACAACAUUGCCCCGGAAUAUUCCUUCCGCGAGCUGGAGGAGUCUGAGUUUAUUCAAGUCAACCUUGGCAAGGAGGCCGGCAUGUUCAAGAAGCACACCACUUACACCAUCUUCUCAAAGCGCCGUAACGUGACGUGCACGCGGCGCUACAGCGACUUUGAGCCGCUCGAUGCCCUCCUCCGCAAACGCUUUCCAUAUCGCAUCAUCCCACAGCUGCCGCCAAAGACGUUUGGUGGAAACAAGAACAAAUCUUUCCUGCAGAAGCGCCGCAAAGCGCUUGAAAGGUACCUGACGUUUGUGUGCCGCCAUCCCGUGAUGCGCGAUGACGAAGCGCUCGACGUCUUCUUCACAUACGAGGGCGGCGAUCUCCAGUCCAGACUCAAAGACAUGGGCAAGGUUGCGAAGGACGAGUUCCAGACAAAUCCGCUCGCGCUGCACGUGGAACAGCAUCUCCCGGACAAUAUUGCAGCGGCCAUCCAGUCCACACACACGGAGCUCGAGCCCGUCCUCGCAACGAUGAAAUCGCUGCGAGAGACGGCUGAGAAAGUUGUGGCGACAACGGAGACGCAGGCGCUGCUCUGGACCGCAUUCGCCGCCGAUAUCAAAAAGCUCGGCUUAUCGCAGAUGUCGCACGUUGCCGGGCACAACAAGGCGCAGGCCCUGGAGACGGGGCUCAGGGACACGUCGAAUCUGCUCAAGUCUGUUGUUGACCGCCGUGAGGAGCAGUGCGUGCGGGAGAUGGACGGGCUGGUGCACAACUUGCAGAACUUGCACGAGAUCCUGUCUGCAUUUCGCGACCUGCUCACGCGCCGCCUCAAAGGCAUUGCCAAGGACGUUGGAUCGACCGUCAAGAAACAGACGCGUGAUCGGAGCCGGCUGAGCAGCAGUUCGGACGGCGCAGAGUCGGCAAAGUUGGAGGCGAAGAUCCAGCAGCGCGACUCUGCCCUGCAGUCGCUCGCAGCGGUCAACAACUUCUCCAUGUACUGCGUCUGGUGCGAGAGCAAGCUCAUCAAGGCCAAUAUUGCGCAGAUUGGGACAAUGCUGGAGGAGAUGGUCACAUCGCAGAUCACCGGCCACAAGCAGAUGGCGUCGGCGUGGACGCCGCUCCUGGACACCGUGACCCGCCUUGUCCAAGACCUGCACUUGGAGUGAUGGAACACAAGGCACACACACACACACACACAUCUCACACGAUAAUGUAGGUGCUUUUUCAGGCCUCGUUUUGUUACAUGCCAUGACGCGCUCGCUGUUUGCCGUGUGUUUCGCUUCAUGGUAGUCGUGCAAGCACCAGAAUAUAUGCCUUGAGCAA